UUCAUCAACGUUGUUUCUAUCAGUUCCAGAACCAAGGUGACCAGAGUGGCGUGCGCCACCAUGUUCUCCUGGACUGUGGGCCUGACCGUGGCUUCAGUGGAGGCUGCGCUGCCGACCACGUCACAUUUCUACGAGCGCUGCAUCAUGAGAAACUCGCCGGGAUCGCAGGGCUACAUCCCCCUACAAAUCUACAGUCUAGUGCCUCUGGCAAUGCUGUCUCUGGUGGUGGUCAUCGGAUGCUACAUGAUGAUUGUGAGAGCUGUAAGAACCCACGUGAAAAGACGUGCUCGAACAAAACAGCCAAUCAUAGUCGUCCAGGAGGUUGACGGUGGAUCUGCCCCCAACUACGGCACCAUCUGCCCGGCGGAGGCCUCCUCGUACGAGCCGCCUGUGCCCAGUGUGUGCACGCCGUCUGACUUCGCGUACUCGGGAGGAGGGGAGGAGGAACCUGGUGGGGAGACGCUGUAUCUAGCGCCUGUUACCUCACCGUCCUUAUCCUCUCAGCUAACGGAUUGCUCUCCUCUCCCGUCGCCCCAAGAGCCCAACAGCGGUACUCUCUCCACAUCACAACAAACACCAAGUCCGCCAAACUCCUGCCAUUCCAUUUCGCCUUCCACCCCAAACGCCUCAGCAGAUCAUCCAAACUCGGAGAACAGCCUUGCUUCUGACAAGGAGGGGACAAGAAAGGACAGUGUGACGUACCGUUUGACUCCACCGAAAGAUGAGGAAGAAAUAGACGUAGAAAGUUGCAUUCGCCGAAGUAGUGUUGAAGACAUGAUCCUCAAACAGGUGGGAAAGUUCCCCAAAUCCAACUUCCUAUCCGUUCCGGGGAUGCCUACAAUAGCGCCUAAAAGACGAAAGUCUUCAACCGCCAAUCCCUUAGCUGUUCCAAUGAACAGCAAGACAGCAGAUUCCAUCUCAAACGACUCUGCUGUCCCCAGCCUGAAGCAUAUGAGCGGGUCUUCAUCAGAUAUCAGCCUUGCUGUACCAAUAAUGGGUGGUACAGGUAGAUGCGGUCAAACGGCUGAAAAGGAAACUGCGAUAGAAAUACCAGCCAAAAUAGGGACAGACACCCUGUGUGUUCCACCUUCCCCCAUCACUAACAACUACCUUGUUGUUGCUUGUCCCGAUGGUACAUCAGAUAAUUGUUCACAAGGUGUAGACCUUGGCGAUGACAAUGGCCUGGCCGUGUCAAACCCUGUUGAUGUGCCCCGUUUCAAGAGAACGUCGUCGCCUGGUCCAGAGGAGGAGGACCGAAUUCUGCUCACAAAGCUGAAAGAACCUCCAAAACCUUUACAAGGAAGCAUCUUGCCUGUUCCUACUCAGCAAGACUGUGUACCUGUACCCUCUCCCGUUGCGAACGAACACAACCAAUCAACGACCCUUGUUGCCGAGGUGCCUGCUGCUUUACCGGAAGAAGAUGUGACGCCACCUCGCUCUCCUGUUGCGUCACCUAUGCGAACACGACGGAAAGGGGUGACGUCACUUCCGCCGGAGUUCAAAGCAAGGAAGAAAUCAGAGGAAUACCUGGUGGUGCCAUGUGUUGACGUUGAAUUCGAACGCAGACCAAGUGCACCGCAACUUAAACCUUUCACCGGUCGAUUUCUAGCGGUCCCUCCCAUCAACAUUGCCAAGGAGAGACGAGUGAGUGCUCCGAGCUACUCACCAGAUACUUCGGAGAAGUCAUCAAAACCUCAUCGAGAGUCUAUUGCCUGCUCGAACCCUACAAAUAAGGGUCAUCAGGUUGACAAAAGUUUGAAAAAGCCGAAGAGAGAAUCCAUUGCCGUUUCAACCCCACGGUGGAAAACUAGCCUGAGAAGCCUUCUUAGCUUACGUAGUCAUGAGGAAGAGGUCAUUGAAGAAGAAGAAGAAGAGGAAGAGGAGGAGAAGGAAGAAGGCAAGGAUUGUAAGAAAGCAGAGCCCGAACAGGUUGAAGAGAAAAUUUGCCCAAUGAUACCGACUAAAAGAAGGAUCAGUUGGAACCUUCCUAUGGACCAGUGUAGCAGUGAGGAUAACAGUUCACAAGGCGGAGACGACAAUUCCACUUCAGACAAAGGGUCGUUUACAGCUGAAAUCGACGGUUCCUGUGUGCGGUUUCACCGGGUGGAUAACUUAGCCGGUGACGAUGUCAGUCUACGAGAAGACUCGGGGAUUCACAUGCCAGCGGAUGCUAACCACGUCAUCGGCGCCCUGCCUGUCGUCCCAGACGGCGGUGACAGAGACCUGUACCUCUCCGUACCACGCCGUAAACCCAAGCGUAUCAUAUCUCGAGAACGCCUGUCCACGAUAUCAUUCUCAUCGGACAGAUCACUGUCCAAAGUCUCUACCGUUUCCCAAGCGUCAAGUUACAGCGGCGAGUAUAGGUCAAGAUCGCGGACAGCUACUAUGGACCGGUCAGCAGCCAAACGGUCUGUGUAUAUUGUCCUGACGUUUAUACUGGCCUGGAUGCCCUUGCCUAUAAUAAUUUUAGUAGGGUGCUUUGUCGACGACCCGCAGAUUUCUGAUGCGGAGACGAUAGCCUAUGUGCUGAUGAUGGCGUCUAGAAUGGUGCAUCCCAUCUUGUAUGCUUGUUUCAACAAGGGUUUUAGAACUGAAUUUGAACGAAUGAUAAAGGUUAUGGUUUGUAGACCAACAGCACCGCAAGGAAUGGAAAAUUGAAUAUCGCGAUAUCUCACGAUGAUAUGAUAAUAUCGCAAUAUCUUGUGAGAAUAUGUUGACGUCAGGGUAUCACGCGAUGAUACAUUGAUUAUUUGUGACAAGCACUGGUC